AUGGAGGAUUUCUGGGCCCUGGACAGGCUGGGUACCGCAGCACUGCAGUAUCGGAGAGCUUGCCCUCGCCCCUCUGAGACUGAUGAGCAUAAAUAUGUGUUCACUAUGUUACCAGGCAACGUUGCAAUGAUCAAGAAUGACACUCCACCCCCACCCCCGCUCCUGCUCCCCCAGGAGGAAGCCUGCGUGAUCUUCCCGGGACUAAGCCAGCAUCUGUUCCCGCCUGAAGUCAAGCUCCGAUUCAAGUCCAAGGUCCCUCUGGCCCAUCACCAGGUGAAGGUCUCUCCCAAGGACAUGGAGAUGAAAACCACAGAUGCUUCAGACCCUGAUCUUCAGCAGAUGCUCUCAUGGCUGAGAAAGGAGCUGGCCGAGAUGCAAGAACAAGACCGGAGACUCUUGCUGACACUCGGGCAUCUCCAGCACGUCCUAAAGGCGCUGCGCACAGAGAGUGCCCGCUGGGAGGACGCCCGUGGAGGGGCCUCCCCCAUUAGAGCUCGGGCAGGGUCUGACGGCAAAGCUCGCAGGUCCAUCUCCUCCAGAGAGUCGGCCCAGCUCCUCUCAGGGGCAGACAGCAGACGAAGCUCUCUCCCUUAA